AUUAUGACGCAGGCAGUGGGCGCGGACUCUGCGGUUCGCUUGACUGGGCAGCCGCCGGGCCUCGCCACAGCAGCAACUGCAGAGGCCAGCGGGCGAGGUCAAGAUGGUGGCUCCGCGGGCGGGGGAGGCGGUGGAGGGAGGAGGAGUCAGACCUUAGCCUGCCGGAAACACCGACACCCAGAGACCUCCUGGGGAGCCGCCGCCGCAGCCCUCUCGGCCGUCGCUGCCUCCGCCGCCUGCUCCACCUCGAGGGACGCGAGCGGGCGGCGGGGCGGGCCGUGAGAGAGACAGGAGAGGAAGGAAGGCAGGGGCGGAGUUGCCCGCCUUAGCCCCCGCCCCCGGCCGCGGCCCCGGGCCCUGCCCCGCGUGGCCCUGCCCGGCCCGCCCAGCCCCGGUGUGGCAGCGGCUCAUGGCGGCGGUGGGGCCCCCGCAGCAGCAGGUGCGGAUGGCCCAUCAGCAGGUCUGGGCGGCGCUCGAGGUGGCGCUCCGGGUGCCCUGCCUUUACAUCAUCGACGCCAUCUUCAACUCCUACCCCGAUUCCAGCCAAAGCCGGUUCUGCAUCGUGCUCCAGAUCUUCCUCCGGCUCCUUGGUAUAUUUGUAUCCAGUAUUGUUCUGAUCUUGUCACAACGAUCACUUUUCAAGUUUUACACGUACAGCUCAGCCUUUCUAUUAGCUGCAACUUCAGUGUUGGUGAAUUAUUAUGCUUCUUUGCACAUUGACUUCUAUGGUGCCUACAACACAUCAGCUUUUGGAAUUGAGCUGCUUCCUCGAAAAGGUCCCUCGCUGUGGAUGGCACUUAUCGUUCUACAGCUAACGUUUGGAAUUGGAUACAUUACACUACUCCAGAUUCAUUCCAUCUAUUCACAAUUAAUUAUUUUGGAUCUCUUGGUUCCUGUAAUAGGCUUAAUCACAGAGCUACCAUUACACAUCAGAGAGACUUUAGUGUUUACUUCUUCCUUGAUUCUCACAUUAAAUACAGUGCUUGUAUUGGCAGUGAAACUGAAGUGGUUUUAUUAUUCCACACGAUACGUUUAUCUUUUAGUGAGGCACAUGUAUCGAAUUUAUGGAUUACAGUUAUUGAUGGAGGACACAUGGAAGAGGAUUCGUUUCCCAGACAUACUGCGAGUCUUUUGGCUAACAAGAGUUACAGCUCAGGCUACAGUGUUAAUGUACAUCUUAAGGAUGGCAAAUGAAACUGAUUCCUUCUUUAUUUCUUGGGAUGACUUUUGGGACCUCAUUUGCAAUCUUAUAAUUAGUGGAUGUGAUUCUACACUAACUGUACUGGGCAUGAGUGCUGUAAUUUCCUCAGUAGCCCAUUACUUGGGGCUUGGAAUAUUGGCUUUUAUUGGAUCAACUGAGGAAGAUGACAGGCGGCUUGGCUUUGUUGCACCUGUUUUAUUUUUUAUUUUGGCUCUUCAGACUGGGUUAAGUGGGCUAAGACCAGAAGAGAGACUUAUUCGCUUAAGUAGAAACAUGUGCCUUUUAUUAACUGCAGUCCUGCAUUUCAUCCAUGGAAUGACAGACCCUGUAUUAAUGUCUCUCAGUGCCUCUCAUGUGUCAUCUUUUCGUAGACAUUUUCCUGUGCUGUUUGUCUCUGCUUGCCUGUUUAUUCUUCCUGUCUUACUCAGUUAUGUUCUUUGGCAUCACUAUGCACUAAAUACAUGGUUGUUUGCAGUUACAGCAUUUUGUGUGGAACUGUGCUUAAAAGUAAUUGUUUCUCUCACUGUUUAUACAUUAUUCAUGAUUGAUGGCUACUAUAAUGUCCUCUGGGAAAAGCUUGACGAUUAUGUCUACUACGUUCGUUCAACAGGCAGUAUUAUUGAAUUUAUAUUUGGAGUUGUAAUGUUUGGAAAUGGGGCUUACACUAUGAUGUUUGAGUCAGGAAGUAAAAUUCGGGCUUUUAUGAUGUGCCUACAUGCAUAUUUUAACAUCUACUUACAAGCCAAAAAUGGCUGGAAGACAUUCAUGAAUCGUAGGACUGCUGUGAAGAAAAUUAAUUCACUUCCUGAAAUAAAAGGGAGCCGCUUACAAGAAAUAAAUGAUGUAUGUGCAAUCUGCUAUCAUGAGUUUACAACAUCUGCUCGUAUUACACCAUGUAAUCAUUAUUUCCAUGCACUUUGCCUUCGGAAAUGGUUGUACAUUCAAGAUACUUGUCCAAUGUGCCAUCAGAAAGUAUACAUCGAAGAUGAUAUCAAGGAUAAUUCAAAUGUAUCUAACAACAAUGGAUUUAUUCCACCCAAUGAAAAUCCAGAGGAAGCUGUAAGAGAAGCUGCUGCUGAGUCUGACAGAGAAGUGAACGAAGAUGACAGUACAGAUUGUGAUGAUGAUGUUCAAAGAGAAAGAAAUGGAGUGAUUCAGCACACAGGCGCAGCAGCUGAAGAAUUUAAUGAUGAUACUGACUGAUGAAAAUAGCAUUUAUUAAUCAUUGAGGUAUUUGUUUAAAAUUCAGUUCAUCCAAAAUGGAGUGAUACCCUUCACCUUCAGUGUGUAACCAAGCACAAAAACAGUAUCAAUGUUGAAUCUGUGAAUGGUUUUCCGUUUACUGUGAUGUGCUACUGUAAAUAUACCUCUUUAAUUACUUCUGGUCUCUUUGGUGACCUGUUUAAAUUUGUGUACAUUAUUGUACAUAGAAUAAAAUGUUUUCACAUUUUUAUGACAAAAUUUGAA